GUACGCAGCCGCAGCACAGCCUAGCAGCCACUCUGCCUCUGCUCGUCCCGUCCUGGACAUCAGAAGUACAGGACCCUCGCCGGACUGCGCCGAUCUACACCUCCUCCAUGGAGCUAUUCAUCUGGUUCUACUGGAUUGCCAGUUUUCACCUGACAUGCCUCAUUGCAUCCCCCUGUCCAGAAAAAUGUCAAUGUAUUGAUGAAAUCAAAGUGCACUGCAAUGGCAGGGACAUAACACAGUUCCCUACAGGCAUAUCAGGCAUCACUCAAGCACUGGUCAUAAUGGACACGCAGAUGAAGCAAGUGGAGGACAGUGACUUUAACAGUGUUCACCACAGCCUGGUUUCCCUAGACUUGUCUAAAAAUUCCCAGUUGCAGAUCCUUCCAGAUGCCUUCCACCGACUCACAGCCCUUCGGUGGCUCACCUUGAACAACAACCAACUGGAACAAAUUCCACCCAACUCUUUCCAGUCUCUUAAGAGUCUUAUAAGGCUUUCCCUUGCUACCAAUAAACUUGAGACCCUGGCUCCGCACCUCUUUGACAACCUCAGCCAUCUGAAUGAACUUUACCUGCAGGAGAACAACCUUCACUUCCUCCCACAGGAUAUAUUUCAGCCCUUGAGUGCCCUGAAAAGGCUCCAUAUGGGGAAGAACAACCUGAGCCACAUACCGGCUGAUGUCUUCCAGACACUGACCAACCUCCAGAUUCUAAAACUUCAAGAGAACCAGCUGACAGACAUUGCUCAGGGUAGUUUUGCAGACCUCAGGAGUUUGCAGGAGCUCCACCUGCAGAAGAACCAGCUCAGACAACUGCCAGAGGGAUUCCUACCCAGCCAGCCCAACUUGGUCAAGCUCUAUUUGUCUGGGAAUCAGCUAGCUGCCCUCCCUCAGGGCAUCUUUCUCAAUCUGCCACGUCUCACCCAGCUCAGUCUAUUUGAGAACAAGCUGGCAGAGCUCUCUCUAGGGACAUUUGGGCCGAUGCCCUACCUCCAGGACCUGUGGCUGUAUGACAACAAUCUGACCCAGCUGCCAGACCAGGUGUUCAGUAACCUCACCCACCUGCGGCUACUGGUGCUGAGUAGGAACAAGCUGAGCGAGGUGUCGGCCAAAGCCUUCGAGGGCCUGCUGGAGCUCACCGAGGUCUCCCUGCACACCAACCAGCUAAGCUCUCUCCAUGAAGAAGUGUUUGGCGGUCUGGUGAAGUUGCAGAACAUCUCUCUCCAGAACAACAAAUUACAGUCGUUGCCUGACAAGCUCCUGAAUAACAUUUCCCAGCUGCACUCGGUGCUACUACACAACAACUCCCUGCAGAACCUCCCACCACAGCUACUCAAUGACUUAAGCCGGGCACAGCGGGUGAACCUCUGCAAUAAUCCGUGGAGCUGUGACAUGGCCAUCAUCCCACUCCGGGACUGGUUAGUUGCUAAUCCUUCUAAAGUGCUUAACCUUAGCCAUGUUGUGUGCCAGUCCCCCACCUAUCUUGCAGGAGUUCCAGUUGCAAAUAUAAUUGCAGACCAGCUAAUUGGCAGCCCAGAAGAAAGAACUGGGCACACCUCAGCGGCACCCAGCAGCAGUAUGCCCAUCUGGAAUGAAGAGAAAAAGCAGCCCGAGGGCAGCGGCCUAAGUAAAAAAUCUCUGAUCAUUCUGAUCUUGGUGGUCUGCAGUUUAGUUAUUGCCACUGUCAUCGCUGUCAUUGCUUGCCGCUGGAGGAAAUGCUCCACUGUUCAGAUAUCUAAAGGGUCUCGCAGGAGUGUGGAUGCACUGAGCAGAUACACAAUGGCCAUGGUCCAUACCAUCAUGAUUCUGGCUGUCAUGCCACUCUGUGUUCUGAGCAAAAGCUGCCCAACUGGAUGCCAUUGUUUCUCACAGACCAAAAUAUUCUGCUCGGAAGAAACCAUCAACAAAAUUCCAGACAACAUAUCCUCCUCUGUAAAGGAGCUAAUUCUAGUGAACACAAAGUUAACUAGUCUUCCAUCUGAAGCUUUUAGUAGUUAUCAGAACCUUUCCACAAUCAUCCUCCUUAACAGUUACAUAGUCAAAGUACCGCUGGGAGCAUUUUGGGGGCUGCCACAGCUAGUGGAACUGGAAAUCAGCGGUAGCCGGCUGUCAACACUGGAAGUGGAUAUUUUCAGGCCCCUGGCCCACCUUCAGAAACUCAACCUGAACUUUAACCGGUUUACAACUAUGCAGAGUGGCAUCUUUGAUGAGCUGGUCCACCUGAAGGAGCUGCAGUUAAAGGGCAAUGGCCUUUCCCAUUUGCCAGGUGAUAUCUUCCACAGGCUCUUGGGCCUUCAGCGACUUGAUCUCUCAAUGAAUAAGCUGAGAGUGCUACCACAAGAACUUCUGGCUGGGCUUUCUAAUGUGACAAUACUCAGCCUCAAUGAUAACAAUAUUGAGUACCUGACCCCAGGCUUAUUUGAGGAUUUGGCCCAGCUGCAGGAGCUUUUACUGCACCGCAACAACAUCUCCAUGCUUCCUGACAACAUUUUCUUCUCAAUGAUGGAGCUGAAAGUGCUUGAUUUGCAUGGGAACCAAAUCCAAAAUCUUCAGCCCAGUGUAUUUUCCUGCUUGCAUAGUCUCCAGUUACUAAAGCUUACCUCCAAUGAGCUAAAAGAGCUGCCGUCUGACUUACUGAGGAAGACACCAAGGCUGGCUAAGCUGUACCUGUCCAAAAACCACCUGAAAACUCUUCCCAGCACAUUGUUUCAAAAUACACAGGAGCUGAGUGUACUGGAGCUCUCUGAAAACUUCAUGCAGGUUUUGCCAGCUACUGUGUUUCAUGGUCUGAAGCAGCUCACCCGCCUACUGCUGGACCACAACAACCUGACAUGCUUAGAUGAACACUUGUUGCGGGACCUUCUCAUGCUGGAACAGCUCCAUCUUUCUCAUAAUAAGCUAUACACUGUGCCUAAUGGGCUUUUUCAGGCAGUGACAAUAUUGCCGUUGCUGGCAUUGCAUGAUAAUCCCUGGUUGUGCGACUGCCGCUUGCAAUACAUGCAGGAGUGGGUACGAUAUAACACACAAAGUCUACAGCUUUCACACAAGAUCUACUGCCAGGGGCCAGCAAAUCUGCAGGGGCAAAGUCUGGUGUCACUGAACCAAGAGCAGCUUGUCUGCUAUAAGGACUUGCUGCCCCCUAACUGUCAAUCUGAAAUCUUAGAGUCAGCAGAAGUCAACCUGCCAUUUGACAAGAAAGCACUGAGUCAAUGCAGAGUGAUAGAACAGAGUGGAGCAAGUGCUAUCAAAUGUACCUUCUCAAGAUGUGCACAAGUCAAAGUUCAGGUGCAGCUGCAAGGUGAAGAGGGAGAUGGUGACUCAGAAGACUUAAGGCUUUACAUGUGGGACUGCUCCAAUUCUACCAUCACAGUCACUGUAAUGGCCUCUGACCAGCUCUAAAUGCACAUGUAGGCAUCUAGAGGCAGGUGCCACCAUGUGUACUGUAUUAAGAACACUUGUGGAUUUAAUUUUGCCUUUCUUACUAGACAACUUUAAUUCAUGUAUUUCAUAUGUUAGCUUCACUUUCAACUAUACUUUUCCCUUUUUGUUUUUAAUCUGUUUAGUGUUUUGGGCAAUGUUAGCCCUGACCAAAGGGAAAAAAAAACUUCAAACACUGGAAGUGUGCAUGCUUUUCCCUUAAUCUUUUCGAUUAUUGACUAAAUUACAUACCUUGAUAAGCAACAUGACAUAGUGGUGUUGGUGCUGUGGUUGAUAUAUUAAGAGUAACUUACAGGCUGUUCAUUUAGAAUCAUCUGAAGCAUGUUGGCACUAUAUACUCAUUUUAUACACCACGAUGACUGUGUGUUUGUGUUACCUUAUUACUAAAAGACUUUCUCAUGGUAAAGCGUUUACUUUACUUGCACUCUAA